CAUGACAUGAACGUCAAAAAUAUUUGGAGAUGACAGAUCGACGUGUACAAAAAUGGAUUAGUAGUUAAAACAUUUUUAUUUUAAUUACCUUCUUAUAAUAAGUUAUCUAAUUAGGAUACUGAAUUUUCUCAAUCAUGGAAGAGGAAUUAUUAACUUCAAGUACUAAGAAAAAUGCUCUUUCCCAAUUCUGCACAAGGGUUUCACAGUGGUACCAAGGAGUGGUGGACAGGACAGUACCAUGGCGCAAAAACAGAUGGUGUGCAGCAAUUCUCCUCCUCAUUGUGUUUUUAGCUCGAGUGCUAAUUGCACAGGGAUGGUAUAUUAUCACAUAUGCUUUAGGUAUAUAUCACUUAAAUUUGUUUAUAGCCUUUCUGACACCAAAAAUUGAUCCAGCAAUGGACUUUGAUGCGGAAGAAAAUGGACCCGAACUUCCUACGAGAGCCAAUGAAGAAUUUAGGCCUUUUAUAAGGAGGCUGCCAGAAUUCAAAUUUUGGUAUUCAGUGACCAAAAGUACAGUGAUUGGCAUAAUUUGUACAUUCUUCGAUUGUUUUAACAUCCCUGUUUUCUGGCCAAUAUUAGUCAUGUAUUUCAUUACGUUAUUCUGCAUUACUAUGAAACGACAAAUUAGGCAUAUGAUAAAAUACCGGUAUUUACCAUUUACCCAUGGCAAACCAAAAUACCAGGGGCAUGAAGAAACGACAGGGAAGGCCAAUACUGGCAAUAGUGAGGCCGAUGUAAUACAGCUUUGAUUUCAAAAUAAAAAAGAAGCUUUGGGAUACUUGUUAUUAAGCAAAAAUAACUUACUGAAGACUGGAAAGUGGUUGUUUUGUUACCCCCUCAAGUAUUUAUUUUGGAUUUGUAUUAAACAAAUUAUUAUGAAUGAUCUGUAUCUUCUAUUAAAGCUCAAAUUAUAUUUAGUUGUACAUAAAUACGCCUUUACUGUUGACAAAACUUAUUAAACGAGUAUUUUCUAUUCGGGUGGUAAGUCGUUAUAAGUUUGUACUGUAUCAUUGCGGGAGAGGAAAUCUAUUAAAAUAAUCUGAAAAUCUGUUAAAGUUUUUAAUUUCCAAAAAAGCUACUAGUCAGAUUUGCUUUUAUUUUAAAAUUUAAUUAUCUAAUGGAGCACUUAAAACUUGAAUUUUGUGGCUUGCCAUUCAAUUGUAGUCUUCCUUUGAUAUAUUAACAUUCCAACUAUCUUCAUAAUUCGAGGAUAACAAAGUAAAAAUUAUUUUCAAAAAAGUGAUAAACCAAAUUAAUGUAUUUUAAUGUAUCAAGGUUAACUUAAAAAGUAAUAAAUCUGUAGUAAAUAACAAAAUAUUGUUGCAAAUCUGCAAAUAACUAAGCGAUUUACCAUUCAUACCAAUCUAAGUACUGUUUUAAAAUAAAUGGCAUUUUUGUCGACAGUAUUAAUUAUUAUUGAUUCUACGAAUAGGGUAUUACGAUGUACAAAGAUACUAUUAUAUGUAAUUAUUUUUUUGUUAGUUUGUUUACACGGAUUUAUUUUAAAAUUAAACGUAUUUGUUCCAUUCUCCAA